GGUGUCGAUGCCGCACUACUGACGUUAGAUCUGCUACUGUGUGUAGCACUGUAGUAGAAAGUGCCCGUUGGGACAAUGAACUUGAUAGUUUAGUGCUUUUGUGUGUAGUAGAAGUUUUAAUGCUGAGCAUGGCGGUCUGAAAUAGCGUGUGAACUUGACAUUCAAAUUUGCAAAUAAAUUGUUAAAAAAAAAUAUGAUAAAAAAGCUUUAAAAUAACAAUAAAAAGAUUUCGUCUUCCCAUGUUUUUUAAGAAAGGAGAGCAAUCAAAUUCUUCUAUAAUUUAAAAACGUUUAUGUGCUUGAAAUUAAUGUUGAAUCAUUUUUCAUCUCGGUUUCAUAGCUUUUUAGAAAAAAAAAUUGGUUUUAAUUGAUGUCUGUGACGAGAAGAAAAAAUCACGUAAACCAGCAAAGAAUAAAGAAUAAGUAAAUGUAAAACGUAAAAUAAAACAAAAUGGUAUAUAUUAUCUGUUUAUAAGGUCACACUUAAAUUCAUUUGGAUGCUCUUUGAUUUUUGAAAGCUUAGCGUAUUUUAAUAUAACUUUUUUUUCUAUAUUUGCAUGUCAUAAUAGCAGUGAUAUCCUGACUUACAACUUGUUACACCGUUUAAUUCAAAUGUAGAAUAGAUAUGAAGAUGAGUUAAAAGUGACUGAAGUUUUAGUGGUUCAUAAAUAUAAUUUUAUGUGCUCAUAGUCAAACAAAUAAUUUAACUUAAAUAUUGUUUGUGAAAGCAAGUGUUUUGAAUUUUAACUUUUAAUCCUUUUAAUCGCUUGAAAUUUAAAAAGAACUUUCCCGAAAUGGACAUAAUUGGAAACACAACAUACACCAUACAAAACAAUAAAGGAGAGUGUCUUGCACAAAAAAUGACAUAAAAACGAAAAAAAAUAGAACAAAUACAAUUGCGAGAAACGUGAACUUGCUGUUUAAGUGAAUGAGAGUAUCGCAAAACGAUGUUAUUUCCCUGGACAUGAAUGCGGCAAUGCUUCUGGUGCUGAUAGUUCUUCUAAGAGCGAUGGUAUCCGGGAUUGUCACCCCGGUCAGCAAUGGCUUGGACCAGCUGGUCAGAGCGGCCUCUUCCACGUGCGAUGUUCUACCACUGGAGGUGCUGUUUAGCUGGGCAUCAACCCCGGAGCUUGACUUGGUCGAGUACACCCGCGAAGGGAAGAAAAGCUACAAACUAAGCAAAGCGCACACCCAGCUCCGCAACCGCGUGCCGCCCAUUCUAGUCCUCUACAUCCCAGGCUGGUGGAACACACCAACCGACGAGUCCUCGGAGACUUUAGUAAAAGCUCUGCUGUACAAGAGCCCUUUGAUCCUAGUCCUGGACACCCGAGCCACGUUCUGCCGAGGCUACGUAGGAUCUGCUUCACGCGUCAGCAGCAUUUCCCAAAAAGUCUACAAAUUCAUCAAGAAUAUCCAUUCAGAAGGGUAUCCUACUUCGUCCAUCCAUUUGAUAGGCUUCAGUUUAGGUGCCCACGUCGCUGGAAUGACAGGGAAGUUGGUAAAAAGCCGGCUAAAUCAAAAAAUAGGAAAGAUCACCGCGUUGGACCCAGCCAGACCGUGCUUUACUCAGCUACCUCAAUAUAGAUUAAAUAAGAAAGACGCGAACUUCGUUCAUGUAAUUCAUACCAGCGCUGGCAUCCUCGGUAUCGAGCACCCGAUAGGGCAUGCGGAUGUUUACGUCAAUGGAGUAUCAUCACCGCAGCCUGAAUGCAAGGAGAGGGCAGUAAGCCUCGAAUGUGAUCACGCACAGUCUUGGAAAAUCUUCUCAGCGUCAAUAAACAAUGACCGCACUCUAUUAGGAAGGAAGUGCAAAAGUUGGAAUGAACUCAGCAAUGGACGAUGUAGUGGCAAUGAAACCUCUGUGGGUUAUGGGUGUAACACAAAAACUCGGGGCAUGUUUCUCCACAAGACUCAAGAGGUGGCCCGAAAAAUUUGGACGUUUAAUCCAUUUGAUAUACGAACUUGGUGGGUCAGUUGAUAGUGUUGAUCAUAAAGUAACAUUCUAAGGCAUUCUGUACUACUAUGGUCACAUUAUAAACGAUGGGUUGUGAAGAAUUCGUCUGGUUUCGUUUCAAAAUUGAAUUUCCUCAAAUUACCUCGCAUUUACCUUUUUGUAAGUAUUCUUUACAUAGUAUAAAACAAAGUUGCUCCGACUGUCUGAACGCGCACGUUUUGAUGAAAUUGUGUGUGUGUAUUUCAGUGGGGACCUGGAUGGUUGGAAAAUAAAUAACUCCCGGUAGGUGGCGCUGUUUAAUUAGACAUGACGUCUUAUGCCGGGCCCGGUAGUUAAAAAUGUUAUUGACCUAAAUUAGUCCACUUCCAGUCGAAGCACGAUUUCUUUAAACUGUAUAUAAAUAACCGUUGUCAAUUCGUCAUCAAAAAAAAUAAAUAGUUUACAAUUUUAUCACGUAAGAAUUUCUUCUUGCGUGACAUUUAAAGGAUGACAUAUAGGUAUGCUAUUUUUUUAGUAUCGUAAUUAUACAAUAUUAAAUACCUCAUCAUUAUAAUCUCAACCGAUUUGCGUCCACACAUAAUAGUCUUUUGAAUUUUUUCCUAAAAUCACGGUCUUGGGCCGCUUGUUUCCAGCGGCUCCCAGCGACUCGUUUGUUGUCGUCUGUCCACCUCGUCUAAAUACCACAGAGUUAAGACCACACAGAACCCUCAUUCCGCCAUUAUUGCAAGCAGUGCGUUGUGUCCUCAAACAGAGUAAACGCCCUGCGCACGUCUCACUUCAAUCCAGCGGAAAGUUGCAAGCUCAGAAACUUUCCCAUUUUUCCCCAAUUUAUAUGAAACGUUUUGACAUUGGAGGCAAAAUAACAACUGUCAGCUGCUUAACGGAAUUAAAUGGGUUACCGCCUAUUCGAAAAACACUACAAUAUAGUUGAGUGGUUUAUGAUGCUUCAAUAUUAGUAUAAACGGUCUCUGUACGUAAUUAAUUCUGUGUAAUACCUAUUUGGCGUCAAUUAAUUAUUUUAGAUUCAAUCUGUGAUAAAUCUUUCUUAGUUGAGCCAAUUUAUAUUGUUUUUUGUGUUACAUUAAA